AUGGCCGGUAAGCAUCAUUCGUACACCACCUUGGCAGGUCCUGCGUCUAGACUGGCCCUCCCACAGGAUAGUCAGACAUUGGCACUUCGCAACUGCAUCUCCCCAGUCAACAGCAUGCUGACCAUGAUCCCAGACGAACCGCGGCGAUCGGGCCGAGCCACCAAAGGCCAGCACAAGAACCUCGAGCUGCCUGAUGCGCCUGCAAAGAAGGGCAAAGGCAAGGGCCAAAAAGAGAAAGCCAGCAGCAAAACCUCCGCCGAACCCACCCCCGGUCCCAGCGAAGGAGAGGAAGACGACGAGGAGAUCAUCCGGUGCAUCUGCGGCGAAUACGAAGAGGAGGAAGAUGUGGAACGAGACAUGAUCUGCUGCGACCAAUGUUCUGCAUGGCAACACAAUGACUGCAUGGGAUUGACCUUCGCCAAAGGCCAGGAACCAGAUGAAUACUACUGCGAGCAGUGCAAGCCGGAGAACCAUAAGAGUCUGCUGGAUAAGAUUGCAAGAGGCGAGAAGCCCUGGGAAGUGGUCGCCGAGCGUCGGCGACAGGAGGCCGAGGAAAAGAAAUCGAAGAAAAAGAAAGGCAAAAAGGGUAGCCGGAAGAGCCAGGGCAAACCGGACACUGGCACUCCUGCUCGCACUGGCACUUCUGCGACGCCGGGUCCUGGUCCUUCACCUGCUACCGCGGCCUCUGAAUCAGUCGAGCCGGAGAAGAAUGGGCAAGGCGUGGAUUCACGACGGUCGAGCACCAACAAGCGCAAACUUGACGAGAGUACCGAGGCGGAUAUGGGACCACAAGUGAAACAGCAACGGGUAUCCCCAGAAUCGGCAAUGCCAGCGGCACCGCCAGCCAAGACGGAGAACGAAUCCCCUACAGAGACUACCUCAGGUGGAAGUGUGGAAGCGCUCGUAAUCCCCGCUCGAAAGAGCGCGGCGACGGCUCUCAUCAGGUUCUUUGUAGACCAGAUCAGCACGGCGCAGAAGAUUGGAUCCUAUUCUCUGCCUGCCGGACAACCCGCGGACGAUGUUGCACGGCGGCUCGGUCUCAAUAUCGAGAAUGCUAUGUAUCAGACUAUCUGUGGCGGAGCAGGCGAGCCUACCGAACCAUAUAAGUUGCAAUUACGUACGAUCUUGUUCAACGUAAAGAAGAACUCUUCUCUACGGGAUCGUUUGCUCGUAGGAAGUCUUUCUCCUGACUCCCUGUCUAAGAUGAAACCCGAGGAGAUGGCAAGUGAGGAGUUGCAGCAGAAGGACGCGGAGAUCAAACGGGAAGCGGAACGGCAACACAUCAUUAUUCAGGAACAAGGCCCCCGAAUUCGACGAACACACAAGGGCGAAGAGCUGAUUGAGGAUGAGACUCACACUGCAGCGACAGAAUCAGUCUUCUCUGCUGGACCGCGCCGCGCCACCGAGGUGGACGGUAGCCCGGGCAAUCAAAGCCCAGUCACUCCAAAGGCCCAGCAGGUGAAGCUGGAGGGGCAGGGACGAGGACUCUCUCCUUCUGGUGAACAUCACGAUCAUGUCUUCCCAGAAGUUGCUCCAAACAUUCGCGAGCCUGUCCCCAGUGGCGGCCGGAUCCAAGCUGACGCUGAGAUCGACCAGCUGCUCCGUGAUGACGAACCGGAAUCGCCGCCGUAUUCUCCCAAGGACUUCAGUGAUGACGGCACCGUCUGGCGUGGAAAGGUUGCGAUGGUCCCUGUGUCCGAGUUCAUGUCUUCGGCAAAACAUGUCGGGGGCGCCGAUUUGAGCGGCCGAAUUCCAUGGAGUCAACUUGCACCCUCGACCCUACUGGUGGAUGGCCGCAUCGACAUCCAGCUGGCCAGUAACUAUCUCUGUGGAUUGCGCUUCAGCGCAUCGACGGACGUGUCCGUCAUAGCCAUAAAUAGGCCGGACCUUCCCAGCGAGCGGGCCGGGUUUGACAAGCUCUUCGACUACUUCCAAGGCCGUAAGCGUUACGGAGUCAUUGGAAAGCAUCCCGUGCCCGCUGUCAAGGAUACAUAUAUUGUUCCUAUUGAAGCUGGUACCACAACCAAGCCCGAGUUCAUCGAGCUUCUCGAGAACAAUUCUCUCGACGGCCCUAUCAACGAGCGCAUGUUACUGGUAGUUUUUGUCGUCAAGACCGGUGAUUCCAACACUCCCUCGGUUCAGCCCUCAUCCCAUCAACCCAGCCUGGAACCGGCGUCCGGCGCAAGCCCCCUGACUACUGCAGGUGCCACACCACAGCAAGGGCACUUCAUGGGGACUCCCCAGGCGGCGGCUCCCUCUACGUUCGCUGGGACUGUUCCAAACCAAGCUGCCUACACCGCCCCGCAAGCGGCUGGACAGCCCUCACAACUCCCUCCCUUUCAACAAGCCCCCCUCACCGGUAUGCCGGCCGCAAUCCAACUUCUCGGUGCACAUGUAAACUCCCCUGCCAUCCAGAAACUUCUCCAGACGGCACCCAACGCGGACAUGGCGCAGUUGAAUGUCGUUCGCGAUAUCCUGAGCCGCCAGCCUGCGGCUGCACUCAACUAUGACACGUUGAUGCAUGCCUUGUUCGAAGCGACUCAGUCGAACGGCCAUGUCCCACAGGCGAAUGCGUAA